UCGUACGCACCCGACACCCCUCGUCUUCAGCCUUCCGCCUCGCUAGAGCCGAGAAACUAUGAUUGCGCUACCUGAAGGCUACAACCCCGCAUAUGUAUUGUUUGCGUAGUUCAUAAUCCGGCACGCGAUCCGGCAUCAGGAUGCGUGAUGGCCAGAGUCACAUCCUAUCCUUCCCGGACGAGAUUCUUCAGGCCGUUCUUAGUCACGCAGAUUACUCUGAUCACCGCAGCGUCGCUUUCACAUGCUCGCGCUUCCACCGCCUUUCGCGGCUGCUUCCUCGCUCCCUCCAUGUCGACUGUAUCCCAAACGGAGGGCCAAUCACAACCGGAGAAUGGCUCAAAGAGCUGAAUGAUUUUCUAGGGGUAUUUACCCUCAUCACCACUUUAUCCGUGGAGAUUCGAGUCAGCCUUGGAGACCGGCUGCUGGCGGGGGUCGGAGCGGAUUGCCCGAAAUUGGAUAGGCUGAAGCUCGUGGGUGCGUGCGGGGAUUUCUUCACCAGCCCCAAGGCGUGGAAGAAAUUCGCCGGGCAGUGCUCGCGUUUGACAUCGCUAGAGCUGCACUCCCUCCAUACCUCGUACUCCAGCAGGCCAGCGCUGCCCCCUGUGGACUCCUUCCCAUCCCUGCAACCCCUCACACUCCGCUUCGCCCCCAGGGACAUCUCCCCCCUCCUCCGCUGCUGCUCACUCACUUCCCUCACCCUCUGCAACCCCACCGACUCCACUCUCACUCCCCUCGCCUCUUCCUCUUUCUCUUCCUCCCUCCAGUCUCUCACCAUCCAUUCUGGCAACCUGGAUAACCACCUUUCAGGCCUAUCUUCCUUCUCCAAUCUAUCCUCCCUCUCCCUCCACUCCUCCGUCUUUGAUCCUUGCGAUGUGCUCGCCCUUUCUAGCUCCCUCCGCACCCUCACCACCCUCACCAUCCACGACUGCCCCCUGGCAUGCACCCGUGGAGUGGCAUCGUUGGCCCGAUCCAACCCCAACCUCUCCUCACUCUCCCUCACCAGUGACACCUAUCGCCUGUUCAGCUGUGGAGGGUUGGAAACCGUGCUCCACCUGUGUGGUCGGAAGCUUCAAAGUUUGAAGCUCUCGGGUCUGCCCUCUUUCCGCCCGGGUUUGCUUGCAGACUGCAGCAGCCUGCGGUUGCUGGCUCUGGAAGGGGCACAAGGGUCGCUAGAAGGCCUUGUGGGGAUGCUUGUGCGUGUGGAAGAGAGGGGUGAAGCGGUGGGGGUCGAAGGGGUGGGCAGGGGGCAGGGGGCGAUGGUUAGACCGAGGGAAGGUGUAACAGCAGCAGCAGCAGCAACAGAAGCAUCACCAGCAGUAUUAGCUGCACCAGGAGGUAGUAGGGUAAGAGGGAGGAGAAGGUAUGUGGAUAUUCGCACCGCAGCAGCAGCAGCAGAUGCCGACACAGUUUCCUCAUUGAGCGACGUCGUCAACCUGGUUGAUGCAGCUGAGGGGUACCUAGGCACUGCACGCAUGGAGAUCCAGUAUGCCAACCAGUUCAUAGUGCACUCGCCGCAUCUUGUCAAGGAGUCGAUUGGGCGGAUCUAGAUGGCAAUCUCCAGGUGCCAGUCCGCCUGCCUGGGUUUGCAUGCGUAUGAAUCGACGCUCCGGAUGGAGCACGCUAUGGUGCGAGAAUUUGCUGCUGCCAAGGCGUCAGGCUUCCUCACUCUCGGCCUUGCGGAGGAAGGCAAAGCGGAUGCAGCCGGAGAUCUCGGACAUAGGUUGCGUGGAGGGUUGCCUGGCGAUGGGUUGCCUGUGGGCGAUGCCCCUCCUACUGUAGAGGCUAUUGCAGGCGAAGGCCUGGCUUAUGGGCGGGCUACUGUGCUGAAUUCUGGUGCUGGCAUUCGCGAGGUGCUGAGCUUGGUGACGGAGCAGCUUGACUCGCAUGCUUCUGCCAUGUUUCGCGCUGUGGAAGCUGCUGCCAGGACUGAGAGUGGGGGCGCAGCAGUGAGUGGUGAAGUUGUUGCUGUUGCAGCAUCAGCAGGAGGCGGGGCGCUAGUGGAAAUCAUAGCAGCUGCUCAACAGGUGGAAGGGGCUCAAGGGGAGGAAGGGCAUGGGGAGGAAUCAGAAUUAAAGGAAGUGAAUCAGUCAGGCAGUAGAGGCACAGCAGCUGAAUCCGUGCGGCGCACCGAACAUGCGACUACGGUGGAGGUAUUCUGCCCUCGCCUGGACUCGUUGAUCCUUGGAUGGCUGCGACUCAGCUCUGAUUCUGCACUCCCCUGGCUGCUUCCCGAUCUCCCAUCCACAUCCCCUCCUAUGUGCCUUGCUCCUGCUGACCUCACCUCCUCCUCAUGCCAAUUGUCGUCACUUGCUUCCUCCUCUCCCCCCCCCGCCUUUCAAAGUGUGAGCACUCAGCGGCAGUCGUUUGAGAGCAUCACAUGGGCGGCUGCGUUUGGAGGGCUGAAGUAGCUGGCGCUUCUGCACUGCACUGGCCUUGGGGAGGAGCAGCUGGCAAGGCUGUUCUGUGCGUGCCCUGUGCUAGUCGAGUUACGUGUGGAGCACAACGAGGAGAUUUCUGAUAGCCUCGUGCUUGGAAUUCGGCUAGAGAAGCUCACACAUGUCACUCUGGUGGCAUGCACCCGAGUCACUCCUGCUGGCAUUGGAGGGCUUGGGAGUUUUCCAAGGCUACGGCAGUUGAAGGUGGAAACGGAUAAGCUUACUGAAUGGAGGUGGAAGGAGUUGCUUCGUGCGGGAGUGGUGGUGCAGGGAGUGUCACUCAGUGGCUGGUGUAUGCAGCUGAUACAAACUUCGUAUAGUGCUAUUGCUUCUCUGAAUGCAUCACUCUCUCAAGCAUCUUUUUAACGUAACAAUAAAAAACAACUUCUAUUGGAAUGGACAAACUUAAGCGAGCGUGUGGUUCUCCAUUCUGGCCCGAGCCCGGCGAGGACAAGCGUCACGAAGCUUUCUUCAGUGAUUGUUCCUCCGCACCGAAGCAGGCGGUCGCGGAGGGUCUGGCAGCGACUCAUAUACUGCAUCGCCUUUUCCCCGGUC